AUGGAUAAAGCUUACAAUGAAGCCUAUCAGCUUAUCGAAAGCAUGGCUCAAAAUCACUAUCAAUGGGGAAGCGAGAGAACACCGAUAGAGAAACCUCAAAUGAAAGGUGGAAUGCAUGAAAUUAGCGGUUUAGAUCAUGUCAAUGCUAAAAUAGAUGCCCUAACUCAAAAGAUCGAGAGUCUGACCACCGCACCUAAGGCCAUCGUGGCCGCAACAACACAAAAUUCGUAUACCUCUGCUCCUGCGGGCACAUUUCCUGGACAACCACAACAAAAUCCAAACGGCCAAGUAAAUGCUAUCAUCUUAAGAAGUGGAAAAGAAUUAGACGAACCAAGUGAACCAAAAUCCGACACUCCAACCAUACAUCAAGACUCCGGUAAGACAACUGAGGAAGAGAGUGAAUCUAAUUUAAAAGAGAAAAGUGGCGAAGAAACCGUAGAAAAGAAGAAACCUUAUGUACCUCCGCCACCAUAUAAACCACCCAUCCUGUAUCCUAAAAAACUUGAGAAAUCUAAGAGCAUAGGACAAUUUAAGAAAUUUGUAGAGCUUCUAAAACAAUUAAAUAUAACAAUACCUUUUACCGAAGCCAUUACACAAAUGCCCUCAUAUGCCAAGUUUCUUAAAGAAAUCUCAACUAAUAAGAAAAGGAUCGAGGAUGAGGAAAUUGUUAUGCUCACUGCCGAGUGUAGUGCCAUUUUACAAAAUGAAAUGCCUCCUAAGCUAAAACACCCCGGUAGUUUCUCCAUACCGUGUGUUAUUGGAAAAUAUGUUAUCGAUAAUGCCCUAUGCGAUUUAGGAGCUAGUAUUAGUUUAAUGCCUAUAGCCAUAUGUGAAAAACUAAAGAUGGGCGAAUUAAGACCAACCAAAAUGUCAAUUCAAUUUGCGGACCGUUCUGUCAAGUACCCCUUAGGUAUCCUAGAAAACGUACUAGUCCGAGUAGGUCAAUUCUUCAUUCCAACUGAUUUCAUAGUCAUGGACAAUAGGGAAGACUCCAAUACACCUAUUAUCUUAGGAAGGUCAUUCUUAGCAACUGUCGGUGCCAUAAUAGACGUAAAAAGAGGAAAGCUCACCUUUGAGGUGGGUGAAGAAAAAGUUGAAUUUAUUUUAACACAAUUUAUGAAAGCACCUGCUAUAGAUGAUAAUUGCUACAUGUUAGACGUCAUCGAGGAAUGUAGGAAAGAGAUGGAGAAUGAUCAAACCAAAUACUCUGAAAUUCUAAAAACCUCCACCUCUCCAACAUAA